AUGAGGUGGAACGACUCCCCUUACCAAGAGCACGCACCUCCACCUCACCACCGUUCUUUGACUCACUUACCUCAACGGUUCCCUCAACAAGGACACCUACCUCCACCUCACCACCAGCUCUCAUACCCCCAACUCACGUACCCAUGUCACAUGCCCCCCUUUGCCCUCUCCCCUCUAGCAGAUGAGGUGCAACGACUCACUUACCUCAAUGCUUCCCUCAACAAGGACACCUACCUCCACCUCACCACCGUUCAUUGGUGUUUCUCUCCUUCGCCCUCCGCCCCUCACCUCGUACUUUUCAAGCAGAGGUGCAACGACUCGCUUACAACCAAGGACACCUACCUCUCCACCUCACCGCCAUUCAGAAUGUCAGCACUCCUGCGCAUCAACUCAUGUUCUCUCUUCCCGUGCACCCCCAUUGGCACAGCGAGCAACUUUGAGCUCUUCAUCUUCGGCACUCCACUCAACGGCACAGCGAGCAACUUUGAGCUCUUCAUCUUCGGCACGCCACUCAACGGCACAGCGAGCAACUUUGAGCUCUUCAUCUUCGGCACGCCACUCAACACCCCUCUCUCACUUCCACCCUUUCCCCCCAUUCCACUGUUUCCCCACAUACCCUCUUUCCCCCCUUCCCUCUCUCCCACCUUUCAGGGCGCAGCAAGCAACUUUGAGCUCUUCAUCUUCGGCACUCCACUCAACGAAUCAACGGAGCAGAGCGGCAGCAGUGUGCGCGUGGUGCUGCGCGCUCCCAAUGGCCUCUUCCUGCAAGCGCGCACCGAUGGCUCUCUCACUGCUGACCUCCAACAAUCCCUCAGCAACGACGCCAUCUGGAGCAGUGCUGCUGCAUUCGACCUCACUGUGUUGUGGCGGGUGGAGGGGGAUUUUCAGGCGGCUUUCACAGCCGGCACAGCAGCGCCAACGAUCUACGAGAACAUUCGCCGAAACUUCCUGACCGAAGCGGACUGGCAGAAAAUGCAAGAACUGGGGAUCAACACAGUCCGCAUCCCCCUGGCCUACUGGAUUGCUCUCGACGCCACCCCUGAGUUCCCAUUCGUGCCUGGGGCAGCGACGUACCUCGACUGGGCGUUUGAGAUGGGGGCGAAGUAUGGGGUUAGAAUUUGGUUCAGUGUGCAUGUGGCGCCGGGGUCACAGGCAGGCAAGGGGAAUGCGAGGGAUGGGCUGAUUCGCUGGCGAGGGGAGAAUGUCAACCGCACACUCGACUUUGUCACCUGGCUUGCAAACAGGUACGGCGCCGACCCUAUGUGGCUGGGCAUGGGGCUGCUGAACGAGCCGGUGGUGCCGGGAGCCAACGGGUACGCGGGGGUGGAUCUGGAGGACAUGCGGGGGUACUACUCGGCGGGCUUCAACGCCAUCCGCGCGCGCUGCCUGUGCUGCUUCGUGGCCAUGGAGGGCCGCGUGGGCAGCAACUUUGGCGACGUGAUGUGGCACAUGAGCGACGCGUGGCACAACAACGUGCUCCUGGAGCAGCACAUCUACGAGGUCUUUGGCAACUUCUUCAGCUCCAAAGGAGUUGACUGGGAGAUCGAAUACGCGCACACGACCCGAAAGGACAACAUCAUCGCGUUUCAACAGAAAGUGGGGCGGAACCUGCUGGUGGGGGAGUUCUGCAAUGCGAUGGGCAACAGUGCAACGUCAGAGCAGCAGGCCAAUUUCUCCCUCGGCCAGAUGAAAGCAUUCAGCCACGCCAAGGCUGGCUGGUUCUUCUGGUCCUGGAAACUCAACACCACCGGUACGUGCUUCCUUCGCCUCCUCCUCGGCCAGAUGAAAGCAUUCAGCCACGCCAAGGCUGGCUGUCAGGGCUCUCAUUUUCCCUUCUGGUUUGGACCAGCUGUUAGUGAUCUCCUCCUUUAA